GCUACCGGGAGUUAUAUAUAUAUAUAUAAUGGUACAUGGAGUGCAAAGUAUUGCGACACACUUGGCAGAUUACAAAUCAUAGUGAUGCUAAUUUUGAACGGUGUUAUUCUGUUAUAUGCCAUUCCGUGGAUUCAAGCUGACAUAGAAAUUGUCUCACUGGAGGACAUAAAUGACGACCAUGAGAAGCGUAAUUUGUAUAGGGGGUUGCCGGCGACCUUGGAAUUCAAUUUAAAGCGAGACAGCGGUAAUAACUUGAAAUUACGGCUGGAAGAGAAUAAACGUCUAAAUAAAAAUGCACCGGUUUACAGAACAGUGAUAGAGGAGGGGGAACAUCGGGUCGUCAAACUUGAAACAAAGCGUAUAGUGGGAGUUGGCAAUAUUGAAGAAACAGCAUCACACAACACUAGAAAUCUCCAGAAUGCACAAGGGACAGGCGACGAAGAUCCCUAUCUCAAUGACUAUUUACUUCCUCCAGAUACGCCUCCGUGGGAAAAUCAACGAUCAGUAGGAACAGGAAAGACCCAUCUUAAACGGAAUUUAGAGAAAAGCGACGACGAUCCCUAUCUCAAUGACUAUUUACUCCCUCCAGAUACGCCUCCGUGGGAAAAUCAACGAUCAGUAGGAACAGGAAAGACCCAUCUUAAGCGGAAUUUUGAGACAGGCGACGACGAUCCCUAUCUCAAUGACUAUUUACUCCCUCCAGAUACGCCUCCGUGGGAAAAUCAACGAUCAGUAGGAACAGGAAAGGCCGAUCUCGAACGGAAUUUAGAGACAAGCGACGACGAUCCCUAUCUCAAUGACUAUUUACUCCCUCCAGAUACGCCUCCGUGGGAUAAUCAACGAUUAGUAGGAACAGGAAAGACCCAUCUUAAACGAAAUUUAGAUACAAGCGACGACGAUCCCUAUCUCAAUGACUAUUUACUCCCUCCAGAUACGCCUCCGUGGGAAAAUCAACGGUCAGUAGGAACAGGAAGUACCCAUCUUAAACGGAAUUUAGAGACAGGCGACGACGAUCCCUAUCUCAAUGACUAUUUACUCCCUCCAGAUACGCCUCCGUGGGAAAAUCAACGAUCAGUAGGAACAGGAAAGGCCGAUCUCAAACGGAAAUUAGAGACAGGCGACGACGAUACCUAUCUGAAUGACUAUUUACUCCCUCCAGAUACGCCUCCGUGGGAAAAUCAACGAUCAGUAGGAACAGGAAAGGCCGAUCUCGAACGGAAUUUAGAGAAAAGCGACGACGAUCCCUAUCUCAAUGACUAUUUACUCCCUCCAGAUACGCCUCCGUGGGAAAAUCAACGAUCAGUAGGAACAGGAAAGACCCAUCUUAAACGGAAUUUAGAGACAGGCGACGACGAUCCCUAUCUCAAUGACUAUUUACUCCCUCCAGAUACGCCUCCGUGGGAAAAUCAACGAUCAGUAGGAACAAGAAAUACCCAUCUUAAACGGAAUUUAGAGACAGGCGACGAAGAUCCCUAUCUCAAUGACUAUUUACUCCCUCCAGACACGCCUCCGUGGGAAAAUCAACGAUCAGUAGUAACAGGAAAGACCCAUCUUAAACGGAAUUUAGAGACAGACGACGACGAUCCCUAUCUCAAUGACGAUUUACUUCCUCCAGACACGCCUCCGUGGGAAAAUCAACGAUCUUUCGGAAAUUUCCUACCGCAGCUAAAAGUAGGAACAGGAAAGACCCAUCUUAAAUGGAAUUUAGACACAGCUACUUGGGAAAAUGAACCACCAAUGCCACAGGUAGGAACAGGACAACCGCAUCUUAAACGGGAUUUAGAGACAGACAACAAGGAUCCAAUUCAACAUGACCAUUUGCUUCCUCCAGACACAUCUCCUUGGGAAAAUGACCCACAACUACCACACACAGGGACAGGAGGAUCGAAUAUGAAGCGGGAUUUAGAAACAGACGAAGAAGAUCCUUAUCUCUAUGACUACUUGCUUCCUCCAGACACUGCUCCUUGGGAAAAUGAACCACCAGUAACACAAGUAGGAACAGUACAAACGCAUCUGAAACGGAAUUUAGAGACAGACGACGAUGAUCCCUAUCUCCAUGAUUAUUUACUUCCUGCGGACAAUGGUGGAUAAAACAAUUUCAGAACAGUCAGAUUCAAUUUACUGAAAAAGACGACUGAACGUGGUCUAGAAUACAUUGCUGAAUACAAAAUGUAGAAACAAAAUAUAAUGUGAUUGACAUAAACAAGUGUAUUAUCAAAAUGGUGAUUAAAUCAUAAUGUCGGCGUGGAAGCAACCCAAACCAUGUGAAGCGUAUCUUAUUAUAAGCAGUGUAUACACGUACUUUUAAUGAACAUUUAUAUAAAAUAAUAGCAUUGAGUUGUCCUAUCAUAAGCUUUUUAAGUAGUGUACAGACAGUUUGCGAACAUUUGUCAUUCUGCAUUAUGUUUUGUUUAGAUAUGACAUGCACUUAAGUAGAAGUACAUUGAUUUUCUGCGAUUAAAAUAUUUGUUCAAAG